AUGAACGCAAACGACGUUAGACACAACAUCAUGCACGAUCGGGGUCUGGUUAACGCCCACACGAGCUCGAGGGCAGUGGGCACAGCCGAACACCGUUUCCUGGAACAUGAAACCAGCACUCACGCUUCAUCACUUAUCACUGCAGUACCCAACAUCGCGAUUGAUCAGGGUAGGAUCCUGAACCAGCGCGAGGUCCAGGAGCUCAGCGUCGAAGACGAGAGCAUAUUGCAGAUUCGUUCGGGCUCCGCUGUCUCGUCGACGGUCCUCGCCCCUCUCCUCGGAGUCCUCACCGUCUGCCUCGCCGUCCCCGUGUUCGUCCUUUGGCAUAGGAAGAUCUAUCAGGCAACAUACUCUGCCAAACGGCUGUCCAACUUUGAUCACGAGCAGGCACCGCGACUUCGAACAGCACCCGUCCACUCUGCGAUCCGGCCACCAGCGCCGGUACAAGCGACUGGACCGCGUGCAAGAGGCGAUGAUGCACCAACGCGCGCACGCGGCACGUCGUCAGUGCCGGCGAGAGAUUUGGAGCUGCCCUCCGACGGCAGCGCACCUCCCCCGAUCGAAGGAGUCUCCGGAGCCGUGGUCGUGGAUCGCCUCACAACUCCUCCUUGCGGAGAGACCACUAACACCAGGCCAGAGGGGACACGCCCAUCCGAUAUCGACCCCGAACCGCCACUGGAAUUUAGCACCGUUACUCCGUUUCCUUACACAGAGCGCGUUCAGCGUGCCGGUCCGAGAGAAAAGCCCCGCGCGGGAGAGAUUCCCGCAUCUCUGAUACAGGACAAUGCGGCCAACUCACAGCAUAGUUUGGGUGCCACUGGAGACGUAGUAACUGUCAGCGCCCAUAGUGAAGCCGCAGCUCCCCCACCGAUCAGUAUCGCUGUCUCCGAGAUCACGGCAGAGCUGCAAGUCCGUCUUGCGGAUAUGGAGGCCCGGUUCAGGAUCAUCGAGAGUGCGGCUGACGGAGGCAUGAACCCACCCCCUGCCUACGAGUGA